AUGAAGCGUAUAUCUAACCUAUACCUCAAAGUAUACAAUGGCGUAUCUAUUAUCUUGUGGCUCUUGGUCCUAUAUGGGGUCCUCUUGGGAGAGAACAGCUGGUUUUCUCAGAGCCCGAGGUCCCUAUACAGAGCAAAGUCAACCUCAGAGGUGUACCCACAUAAAUUCUUAAACAUCACCGAGUGGUUCAAUGCCAUAUUGGAGAUAGUACACUCUCUCGUUGGACUCGUGCCUUCUCCCCUCCCAACGUUGCUCCUCCAGCUUACUGCAAGGCUACUUAUUACGCAGGGCAUCAGCUAUAAGCUCCCGCAGUCUGCAGGAAACUACUCGUGGGGAUACGCUACGUUGUCGUUCGUGUGGUCGGUUUCAGAUUUGAUCAAGUACGCCUUCUAUUUCGCCAAAUUAUUUUCUAGGAAGGGUCAAGGUGUUCCUGCGGGAUUGACUUGGUUGAGGUACACUGCAUUUAUAGUGUUAUACCCAUUGGGAUUGGUCGGUGAGCUGCACACUGUGUAUUUAUCUCUAGAUGCAGCUCAAGGCUCUCACUACUACUGGUUUUUGAUCUUUGCGUUGGCCAGCUAUAUACCUGGCUUCUUUCUUUUGUACGGGUACAUGCUCAAGCAAAGGAAGAAGGUGCUAUCUAAAGAAACAGUUAGAGCUAGCAAAGCACAGUAG